GUUCGCAUUGUUUAGAUUGACCUAUUUGUACGAAAGAUUUGGUUUUAGAUUGCAAUGGCGUACGUACUGAGAUCUUCGGCCCUAAAGGGUCUCGAUGUCCUUGGAAAUGGAUCUUUUCGUCACUUUCAUAAAACAGCUUUUGCUGCAGCAAGCAAGACCCCCAUGAGCCGUUUUGAGCAAGAUAAGUUUAUUGACUAUGACAAGUUGGAUUUCAAUGUCAAAACUGUUAAAAACAGGUUGGGAAGACCGUUGACUUUAUCAGAGAAAAUUUUGUAUGGACAUCUUGAUGAUCCUAAAUCUCAGGAUAUUAAGAGAGGUGAAAGCUACCUUAAAUUACGUCCUGACCGUGUUGCCAUGCAAGAUGCCACAGCUCAGAUGGCCAUGCUUCAGUUUAUAUCCAGUGGUCUCCCAAAGGUUGCUGUACCCUCUACGGUUCACUGUGACCAUCUUAUUGAAGCUCAGUUAGGUGGAGACAAGGAUCUCAAAAGAGCCAAGGAUAUCAACAAAGAAGUUUAUGAUUUCUUAGCUACGGCCAGUGCCAAAUAUGGUGUUGGGUUUUGGAAACCAGGCAGUGGCAUUAUCCAUCAGAUUGUUCUAGAAAACUAUGGCUUUCCUGGUGUUUUGUUGAUCGGUACAGACAGUCACACCCCUAAUGGAGGUGGCCUGGGAGGUCUCUGUAUAGGAGUGGGUGGAGCUGAUGCUGUUGAUGUGAUGGCUAAUAUUCCAUGGGAGCUCAAGUGUCCAAAAGUAAUUGGUGUCAAACUGACAGGAAAGUUGUCUGGCUGGACGUCUCCUAAAGAUGUUAUCUUAAAAGUAGCUGGGAUACUCACUGUUAAAGGAGGAACCGGCGCUAUUGUUGAGUACUUUGGUCCGGGUGUAGACUCCAUCUCAUGCACUGGAAUGGGAACAAUUUGCAACAUGGGAGCUGAGAUUGGUGCUACGACCUCAGUGUUUCCUUACAACCACAGAAUGCAAGACUACUUGAAAGCCACCAACAGAGAAUCUAUUGCCAGCCUUGCAAACGAGUACAAAGGUCUCCUAUCAGCAGAUCCUAAUGCACAAUAUGAUCAAGUUAUUGAAAUUAAUCUUAGUGAGUUGGAGCCACAUGUAAAUGGGCCAUUCACUCCAGAUCUUGCACAUCCAAUUAGUAAACUGGGCCAGGUUGCUAAGGAGAAAGGUUGGCCAACAGAGGUCAAAGUUGGUUUGAUUGGCAGCUGUACAAACAGCAGCUAUGAGGACAUGGGUCGAUCUGUGAGUAUAGCCAAGCAAGCUUUAGCUCAUGGUGUUAAAGCUAAAGCAGCCUUCACAAUUACCCCUGGCUCUGAACAGAUCAGAGCUACCAUUGAAAGAGAUGGCUAUGCUAAAGUUUUACGUGACAUUGGCGGUGUUGUACUAGCCAAUGCCUGUGGACCAUGUAUAGGGCAAUGGGACAGGCAGGAUGUGAAGAAAGGAGUGAAGAACACAAUUGUUUCAUCCUACAACCGUAACUUUACUGGCAGAAAUGAUGCCAACCCAGCCACACACGCCUUUGUAACAUCACCAGAACUGGUGACAGCUCUUGCUAUUGCUGGGGACUUGUCCUUCAAUCCAUUGACAGAUGAGCUCACAGGAUCAGAUGGUAAGAAGUUUAAACUAGAAAGUCCUAGUGGUGAUGAAUUACCUAGAGCAGGAUUUGAUCCUGGUGAGGAUACAUAUCAAGCUCCCCCUAAGGACAGCAGCAGUGUUAAAGUAGUAGUAGCACCAGACAGCAAGCGCCUGCAACUUUUAUCACCUUUUGACAAAUGGGAUGGCAAAGAUAUGAAUGAUUUGGUUAUUCUUAUUAAGGCAAAGGGUAAAUGUACAACUGACCAUAUCAGUGCUGCUGGACAGUGGUUGAAAUACAGAGGUCAUCUGGACAAUAUUUCCAAUAAUUUACUUAUUGGUGCUGUUAACAUUGAGAACAAUGAACUCAACAAAGUGACCAAUCAGCUUACAGGAGAGACAGGCGCUGUACCAGACACUGCCAGAUAUUACAAGUCCAAGAAACAAGGAUGGGUUGUGAUUGGAGAUGAAAAUUAUGGAGAGGGAAGCAGUAGAGAACAUGCUGCCCUUGAGCCCAGGCAUCUUGGAGGUAGAGCCAUCAUUGUGAAGAGCUUUGCUCGUAUACAUGAGACCAAUUUGAAGAAACAAGGAAUGUUGCCUCUGACCUUUGCUGACCCUGCAGACUAUGACAAAAUUCAACCAUCAGAUAGAAUUUCUUUAGUUGGUCUUAAAAAUAUUGCUCCUGGAAAGCCAGUGGAAUGUCAUAUCAAACACAAAGAUGGUAAAGUGGAUAAAAUCCAACUGAAGCACACAUUGAAUGAAGGCCAGAUACUGUGGUUUAAAGCAGGAAGUGCUCUCAACAGGAUGGCUGAAGUUGCCAAAACGGCUCAGUAAUACAGAUCACCCAACUACCUAAGUUUUAAAAAUAAUGUAGUGAGUUGUAUAAGUAAGAUCUCAACCGGGUAAAGGGACAUACAAGUAUUUAAACAGAUUGUGAAGGUCCACAUCAAUGCUGAAGUACCUGAUCAACUGAUUCAUAGUUUUUAAAAAUGUAUUAACUUUUAUAAUUGUUUACAUUAGACAGCCUAAUUCAAAAGCUAUAUUUAGUUUUUAAAACUGACAACGAAGACUGUUAGGUGUUUUUUUUUAUCUGCCAUAUUUAGAGGGGCUUGUUGAUUAGACAAGGACAUGUUUUGCCAAUGAAAUAUAGAAUUAAAUAGGCUAUUUAGUUUAGUGAAAAUGUAUUCAUUUUCCCUUUUUUAAAAUUUAAUUUUUGUAUCCAUUUAAGUAUAUGUUUGACUUUAAUACAUGUUGUAUGCCAUCAAUAUGAGUACCAUUAGGUAUGCUGAUUGCAAUCCAUGCACUUUACGUGUGUUUUGAUAGUGGUUACUAAAUGAAUAACAAGCAUUACCUGAGGGCUUUAAUUGUAUAUAAAUGAUUGUACUUAUCAAAUUGUUACUUUGAAAAAGUAAAUUCAAAUAAUCAUCAGCAUAAUCAAUCAUUUUUAGUGAACUUUAUGUUAGUCAUUCAUUAAGCUGUGUCAUCUACAUGAUGGCACAACUUAUUUUCUGAUAGCCCACAGUAUUGUCAAAGCUAGUCCAACAGAACUAAAAUAUUUAAAGCUCUUCUGCAUGCCUCUCCCUGCUUAACAUAGACCAAAAGCUAGGCACUAUAACUCUGUUGUUUUAUAGAUGUACAUAUACAUGCUCCUGGCUUAUAAACAUAAUAAUAUCAGAGAAUAUUGUAGCAUCCUCAUGUCUCUGGUGGUGUACACACGUUUGCAGUGGUUUGUUUCAAAAAGCUUAGGAAAAAAAUUGUAUAUUGUCUUGUAGAAGUGUAAGUAUAAGAAAAAUAUCCGGUGAAAGUGAUUUUUUUUUUUUGCUUUGUGAAGUUAUAAUAUGAUCUGAGAUUAAUGGUUGAUUGGUUUUGUGAUUGCAUUGAAUUUCUGAUGACUAAUCUCAUUUCUGAUUACUUAAUAAUUUGUGCUUUGGUAACUGGGAUGUGCAUCUUUAUAUUACAAGGAAAGCCAUUACUGGUAAUAAUUACAAUCAGCGUGAUUCACACACACACACAGAAACAUUUGGACUGUUGACCAGUUGGUUUGACUGUCUACAUUCUGUUUAUUAAACUUGUUUUAAUGCAUAUAAGCAGGUAGUUCAAACUUUUGUCUGUGUAAUUCAAGAUUAUAGUAUAUAAAUCCAAACAUAAUAGUUUAAUUGUUUACAUUUUUAUUUUUCUCUCUGUUGUAUGUUUGCAGCUAGUGCUAUAUGGGUAAUGAAAUGAAUAUUUGGAUUUUUUAAAUCAAAUUAAAACAAAUAUAGAAUAAAGUACCUGUGAUAAGAUUUUA